AUUUAUUAUUAAUUCAACCAAUGCUUUAAAUUGAAGUCAUCCCAAGUUAAAUUUGAUUCCAAACAGGGGAGAAUCAACCCUUUUUUUUAUUUUGACUUUUUUUUUGGGGGGGGGGGGGGCAAUAUAUAGACUAGAAUCUCACAUUGUUGCAGAAAAGAAAGAGAGAAAAAGAAGAAUAUUCCGGCGAAUCAUCAAAAUAGAUAGUCUUAAUCAUUCAUGAUGAGAAUUUUCAAGCGAUAUGUUCUCCUCUUAACGGUGGCCACCGUUUUAUUCUCUAUCGUUUCGGUUUCAAACUCUAUUCCAUUCAUAUUGUUUCACGGAAUUGGAGAUAAAUGUUCUGGUGGAGUUAGUAACUUCACGCAACUCCUAAGCAACCUCUCCGGCUCUCCUGGCUCUUGCUUAGAAAUAGGAAAUGGGGAACCAGACUCAUGGACCAUGCCGCUUACGCAACAAGCGAGUGUAGCGUGUGAGAAAGUGAAACAGAUGAAAGAGUUGAGUCAAGGUUACAACAUUGUUGCACAGUCUCAAGGAAACUUGGUCGCUAGAGGUUUAAUAGAGUUCUGCGACAAUGCUCCUCCUGUCAUCAACUAUAUCUCUUUAGGAGGUCCUCAUGCUGGCAUAUCUGCAAUUCCCAAGUGUUCUUUUGGUCCAAUCUGCGAUAUCGCAGAAGCUUUGAUGAAGUGGGAGGUCUAUAACGACUUCGUUCAAGAUCAUAUUGCUCCUAGUGGUUAUAUCAAGAUCCCUGGUGAAAUGACAAAGUAUUUGAAACAUUCUAAGUAUCUACCAAAGCUUAAUAAUGAGAGACCUGAAGAAAGAAACUCCACUUUCAAAGACCGUUUCUCCAGCUUACACAACUUGGUUCUUGUCAUGUUCCAGAGCGAUACAACACUGAUCCCUAAAGAAACUGCUUGGUUCGGAUAUUAUACAGAUGAAGGAUUCGAAUCUUUUUUGCCAACUCAACAGACAAAACUAUACAAAGAAGAUUGGAUCGGUCUGAAAGCAUUGGAUGAUGUCGGAAAAGUAAAGUUCGUGAGCGUCUCAGGGGACCACCUCAUAAUAUCGGAAGAGGAAGUCGUGAAAUACGUUGUCCCUUACUUGACGCAGACAAAGUUCUUCUAUGGAGAGAAGUUUCCAGCGAUCUGCUCUCCUUGCAACCUUGUUACUCUUCUUCUCCAUUCCGGUUUCAAUCUCUCUCCCAUUCAUUCUCUUUCACGAGAAAUAGGAAAUGGAGAACAAGAUUCCGUGUACAUGCCGCUUAUGCAACAAACGAGUGUAGCGUGUGAGAAAGUGAAACAGAUGAAAGAGCUGAGUCAGGGUUACAACAUUGUUGGACAGUCUCAAGGAAACUUGGUCGCUAGAGGUUUAAUCGAGUUCUGCGACAAUGGCCCUCCUGUCAUCAAUUAUGUCUCCUUAGGAGGUCCUCAGGCUGGCAUAUCCGACAUCCCAAAGUGUUCUUCUCCAGUUUGCCAGAUGCUGAAAACAGAUGUCUACAGCGACUAUGUUCAAGAUCAUAUUGCUCCAAGUGGAUUCGUCAAAAUCCCUACUGAAAUGUCAGAGUAUCUGGAACACUCCAAGUAUCUGCCAAAGCUCAACAACGAGAGACCUAACGAGAGGAACUCCACUUUUAAAGAACGUUUCACCAGCUUACACAACUUAGUCCUCGUUAUGUUCGAGAGUGAUAAAGUAGUGAUUCCUAAAGAAAGUAGUUGGUUCGGAUAUUACCCUGAUGGAGCUUCAACACCUCUUUUGCCACCUCAACAGACAAAGCUCUAUACUGAGGACUGGAUUGGUCUGAAAACAUUGGAUGAUGCUGGAAAGGUGAAGUUUGUCAGAGUCCCUGGAGAGCACCUCCAAAUGGCGCAAGAUGACGCUGUGAAGUACGUCGUGCCUUACCUCAAGAACCAGCCUACAUUAAUCUGUAUCAAACGUUACACUUCUUAUCUUCUUGCUUCUUCGACUUCCUCCAAAAUUAAAGGGGUUCAAGAUCAAUGUUCCAACAGUAAAGUGACCAGCUUCACACAGCUCCUCAGCAACCUCUCCAGCUCCCCUGGCUAUUGCUUAGAAAUAGGAAAUGGGGAACUAGAUUCCGUGUACAUGCCGCUUACGCAACAAGCGAGUGUAGCGUGUGAGAAAGUGAAAGAGAUGAAAGAGCUGAGUCAGGGUUACAACAUUGUUGCACAGUCUCAAGGAAACUUGGUCGCUAGAGGUUUAAUAGAGUUCUGUGACAAUGCUCCUCCUGUCAUCAACUAUGUCUCUUUAGGAGGUCCUCACGCUGGCAUAUCUGACAUCCCCAACUGUUCUCCUCCAAUUUGCCAGAUGCUGAAAACAGAAGUCUACAGCGACUAUGUUCAAGAUCAUAUUGCUCCAAGUGGUUAUAUCAAAAUCUCUACUGAAAUCUCAGAAUAUCUGGAACAUUCCAAGUAUCUACCAAAGCUCAACAACGAGAGACCUAACGAGAGGAGCUCCACUUUCAAAGAACGUUUCACCAGCUUGCACAACUUGGUCCUCGUCAUGUUCCAGGAUGAUAAAGUAGUGAUUCCUAAAGAAAGUUGUUGGUUCGGAUAUUACCCUGAUGGAGCGUCAACACCUCUUUUGCCUCCUCAACAGACAAAGCUCUAUACUGAGGAUUGGAUUGGUCUGAAAACAUUGGAUGAUGCUGGAAAAGUGAAGUUUGUCAGUGUCCCUGGAGAGCACCUCCAAAUGGCGCAAGAUGACGCUGUGAAGUACGUAGUGCCUUACCUCAAGAACCAGCCUACGCUUUCUUCUUGAUGCACAUCAUUGUUAUAUCAAUCCAAACGAAAAUAAAAGCCUUAUCAUUUAUCAAAGAUUGCAAUUUAAUUUUUCCAAAUAAUCUUCCUAUCUUGUGUAACGCCAGAGACUAGCUACACUUGCUUUUAACUAGUUUAAACAUGAAAUUUGUUUAAGAGAAUUUCAGGAAAACUCGAGCAGUC